GCGCUGGAUCCCAGUUUCCCAGAUCCUUGGGACACGAGCGGCGAGAUGCGGGUCAAGCCGUCGCAGCGGGUGACGCUCCUCACUCUCUUCCGCGUCUCUCUUGCGGUUCUCGUAACAUGCUCGCUCAUGUACAUGGUGCGGAUGUACGCGGCCACGACCUCGGACGCCGGCCCCGGGCGUCAGGAACUGCGGCUCGGACAAGCGCCGCCUCUCGCGAGCCAGCGAGUCCACGCCGCCUCGUUUGACGAAGCCAUUGCCUAUCUCUCGGACGUCGACCUUGACGCCGGCCCUGUGUACAUUUUGGUCAUGAGUGGCAUGCGCGGUGGCGACUACUGGUGCGGCGACUGCCGCAACGUCAAAGUGCCCGUGGCCGCCGCGUUUGCAAAGGCGCCGCCGGCCGCUCGCCUGCUCGAGGUCAGCGUCGGCACGUCGCCCGAGUGGCGCGACGUCUCGAAUCCCUUCCGCACCCAUAGCCUCUUGCGUAUCAAUCACAUCCCCGCGCUGCUCGAGUACAAAGGCCAUCUCAAGACGACGAACCUCGUGCUGGAGAAGUUCGCUACGGACCCCGAGCUGCUCGAGUAUCUCUUUCGCGUCCCAGAGCCUCGCGUGCCCAUCGGAGCCCGCGACAAGCGCGAGGUCGCGACAGUCGACGCACUGAACGCCAUGGUAGACGCCUAUGACGGGUCGUACCCGCUUUAUCUCUUCUUCGUCUCGGGUCACGACUCGGACACUGAGCGCCUCUGGUGCCCCUUUUGCGACUCGGCGCUCCUUCCUGUCGUCUACUACUUCGAGCACUACGCAGCCAAAGACGCCGCCUUGGUCACGGUCACGACCGCGUCGACGUAUGACGAGUGGCAGGACCCGUCGAGCCCGUUUCGCGCGCAGACGCGCAUCAAAAUCAGCGGUCUACCGAUGCUUGUCCGUGUCAUGCCGAACGCCGCGCCGCUCAAGGAGUACACGCAAUUCUUCGAAGACCGAACGCAUCUCGUCCAGUUCUUCCAGGAGCCACAACCAGAGAUGUAGUAGACACCAGUAGCGUAAAUCCUACCUCCCGAGCGUAGUGCUCGGUACCGCACUCGGAUCUCGGAUCUCGAAAGCGAGCUCAUCACUUUCGUUCGAUGCGGC